CUCGAAGUAUCUUGGCAUUUAGAUCAUACGUUUCUAAAUGGUGGAGUUUAACGCGAUUUUAUUGUGGAUUUUAACACUCUGUUUAGAAAAUCAUUACAAGGCAUCCAAAUUUCAAUACUUUCAAGUUGUUAGAAUCCCUACAUCAUUAUGGAUGGUAAUGAAGAACUUUUCUCGCUUUCUACUCUUGUUUCGGGAGUUUGUUCUGUGACAUCUACUCAUGACACAGGAAACCCAAGCAAUCAACCCUUUGAACAACAGAACAAUUCAAGUAUGGAUGGCAGUAGAGAUAUUAAGAAAGAGAGAAAGAGCUGUGAUAUGAUAGAAAAUAGUUCUGCAAACAUCAAGCAAUCAUUGACCAGCAAUUCAUCAGCUGUGGAUCAACCAUGUGGCUACCGGCUCGGUCAGCAGCAAAUGGUUAACAGUGAAGGAUUAAUUGACAUUAACAACAUUAAACAAGAACCUGAAGACGAUUAUAAAACAGACAACUAUCCAACAACAACCAGUAAUUCAUGUGUUGACAAUGAUUCUGCUCAGGACAUGCGAUCAUCCUACACUGACUUAGGGGACUCUUCAUGUGUGAUCUGCUUGCAGUGCAACAAAUGGUUUGACGGUAUGAAUGACUUAAAGACUCAUGAUCAAAUAGUGCACAGAGGAGAGAGACCUUUCCAAUGUCAAGAUUGUAGCAUAACGUUCACUGAUAAAAAAAGUUUAAACCGUCACAAGAAAUUACACCAUAGUGAGAAAUUUGUCAGAAAAGCUUCCCCAAGAAAUACAACUCGUCGACCUAUUACUACUUCAAGGACUUUGUCAAAAGAUAAACGUUUUAAAUGUAACAAAUGGUUACCAUAG